CCACACCCGAAGUUGAGUGCAACAACAAUAUAUUCAAUACAUGUUAUGGUGCUCUUAAAAGGCCAUACAAUAAAAUAUAACAAACACUAAUGUAUGAUGUGGCAGCCAUCUUGUUUGAUUAUGACGUCAUUGCAGGGUGCACCUGGUGAUCAUGGAACGCUGGGUCCCAUGGGAGAGGAGGGGAGGAGGGGAGAACGGGGUGACGCCGGGACUUCAGGUGCCACUGGACCCAAUGGAGAGAGAGGUGCUCCUGGCAGUAGAGGUUUUCCUGGUCAGGAUGGGUUACCUGGUCAAAAGGGUGCCCAAGGUGAGCGAGGACUGGGUGGGUCAUCUGGUGCCAAAGGUGCCGAUGGUGACCCAGGACGCACUGGAGAGCCAGGUCUUCCAGGGGCACGGGGUCUGUCGGGUCUUCUCGGCUCCCAGGGUCCUGAGGGACACCAAGGACCAAUGGGAGGAGGAGGAGAGGAUGGGGGACCAGGUCCAGCAGGGUCAGCUGGUACCAGAGGUCCAGCUGGAACCAUGGGUGUAGUUGGACCAAAAGGCUUUACUGGAGACCCUGGUAAGACAGGAGAAGUGGGGACCCCAGGUGUUGCAGGACAGAGGGUAAGGGUUAAUGGGAAAGCUGGAGAGAUGGGCGCUGGUGGCACUGCUGGUCCAGCAGGAGUUGCAGGGAAGAGAGGAGAGCAAGGACCUCCUGGUAUGAAUGGCUUCCAGGGUCUACCUGGAUCUGCUGGUCCACCUGGAGAGUCUGGGAAACCCGGUGCUGAGGGUAUCGCUGGAGAGGGAGGGGCUGCUGGUCUCACAGGGCCAAGGGGUGAGCGUGGCAUCCCAGGAGAGAGAGGUGAUGUGGGAACUAACGGACUACCGGGGCCCAAAGGUAUUUCAGGGGGGCCAGGACCAGAGGGACCAAAGGGUGGGUCUGGAACUAAAGGAACCGUUGGGGACAUAGGAGCUGCAGGCCUGCAGGGGAUGCCAGGGAAGAGGGGUAUCCCUGGUUCUCCUGGUCCUAAAGGAGAUGUGGGUUCAGUUGGUGAGAAAGGAACCGAGGGUACUGCUGGAAACGACGGGCCCGGGGGACUUCCUGGUCCAGUUGGACCAACAGGAGGCAUUGGGCUCAAUGGUGACAAGGGAGAGGCCGGCCCUAAAGGGACCCCUGGACGUCGAGGAGCGAGAGCAGUGGCCGGAGCUUCUGGGGAGCCUGGUCCAACCGGUGCAGUAGGAUUCCCUGGGUCUCCUGGUCCCGAUGGGCAACCUGGGGUCAAAGGUGAACCAGGAGAGAGGGGUCAGAAGGGUGAGGCUGGAGCACAGGGACUCCAAGGAACAGCUGGUAAACUUGGUUCCCAGGGUCCUGCUGGUGUGACUGGACUAAAGGGGGCCAGAGGAACACAAGGGGCCGCGGGUGGGUCUGGUUUCCCAGGAUUCCCUGGGGGAGUUGGUCCAGCAGGCUCCGUUGGUGAGGUAGGGGCGCCUGGAGACAUUGGUACCCCAGGGAAGGCAGGUACUCCUGGACUUAGAGGCGAGAAUGGAGGCCCUGGGCGUGUAGGAGAGAGAGGGGCCCCGGGCCCAGCAGGUGCCCCAGGAGACAAGGGAGAGCCUGGAGAGGAUGGACCAGGGGGCCCUGAUGGGCCGGCGGGACCAGCAGGCAUCUCAGGACAGCGAGGUGUUGUGGGCAUACCUGGAGUCAGAGAAGAGAGCGGAAUGGUUGGGCCCCCCGGUACUGCUGGUGCACCCGGAAAAUCAGGUGCCCCCGGAAGUCGGGGAGGCAAGGGCGCUGUCGGUGCAGUCGGGUUACCAGGGGCAACCGGACCAGUAGGGGACCCUGGUCUUACGGGUAAUGCUGGGUCUGAUGGGGUACAUGGCAAGGAUGGACUUAUAGGAGCCAGGGGAGAUAGAGGGAAUCCUGGUCCUGAAGGUCUUGCUGGAACUCCGGGGCUUCAUGGCUCUGUUGGGCCAGUUGGCACCUCUGGUGUCCCUGGGAAGAGAGGAAACAAUGUUGCUAGAGGGCCUCCAGGACCCCAGGGACAAUCAGGGAUCCGGGGGACGCUGGGGCCUCAAGGGCCACAGGGAGACAGGGGAGCCAAAGGAGACCAAGGAGAGAGAGGGCAGAAAGGCCACAGAGGCUUCACUGGAUUGCAAGGCUUACCUGGGACAACUGGACAAUCUGGGGAUGUUGGAGCUGGAGGAAUUGUAGGACCUACUGGACAGAGAGUCAGUACACUGAAUAAGCUGGGCCCCCCUGGUGUGGUUGGCCCCGCAGGAGGUGAUGGACAAAUUGGGCUGACCGGGCCCAUGGGCUCCCCUGGAUCAAGAGGAACCAGUGGAGACAUCGGACCUCAGGGGCCUCCUGGGGAUGCUGGUCCCCCUGGUCCCCCAGGGACCCCUGGCCCUCCCACUGCUGGGGCUGAUAUGUUCGGCUUCAGCAGCUCCUUCGACUCCGGCCCCCAUCCCCCUCCAGAGUUCAACGAGGAUGAGGCGCGUCCCAAUAAUGCCUCGACCGUCCUCGGGGCAGACCAGGGCAUCCAGACCACGCUGAAGAGCCUCAGUGGAAACCUGCAGAACAUGAAGUGCCCCGAUGGCAGCCAGGCCAACCCCGCCAAAACCUGCCAGGACAUCAAGCAGUGCCACCCCCUUAAAAAGACCGGAGACUACUGGCUGGACCCCAACCAGGGUAGUACCAAGGAUGUUAUCAAGGUGUUCUGCAACAUGGAGACUGGUGAGACCUGCAUCUCAGCCCACCCCAUCUCAGCCAGCAUCCCUCGCAAAACAUGGUGGACCAAAUCCACUCCCACUGCCAGCAAACCUGUCUGGUUUGGAGCAAAUAUGAAUGGAGGAACUAAAUUUAGCUACGGCAACAAGGAGGAGCUGCCCAACGCCGUAACCAUUCAGAUUAGGCUGAUCCGCCUGCUUUCUAAGGAGGGUGUCCAGAAUGUCACCUACCACUGCAAGAACAGCGUGGCCGUGAAUGACGGAGCCACAGGCAACCUGAAGAAGGCUCUGAUCCUCAAGGGCUCCAACGGACAGGUCAAGGUUCAGGGCAACUCCCGCCUCAGAUACACUGUCCUGGAGGAUGGCUGCUCCAAAUCAAAUGGAGACUGGGGCAAGACUGUGAUUGAGUACAGAACUCAGACGCCAGCCAGACUACCUAUCGUAGACUUGGCCCCCAUGGACAUAGGCAAGGAGGACCAGGAGUUUGGCCUGGACAUCGGACCUGUGUGUUUCUCCUAAACCCAACACACAUGGAUGGAUGGAUUUAUUUAACCCUACGAGGAGUGAAUUUUUUAGAACGCCAUCCUCAAUUCUGUUUAAAGAGGCAAUCUGGAUUUCAAACAACAAAAAAGCACUCACUUUUUAGUUACAUUCUUCAAGAAUCAAUGGCUAUAUAUCACUCAUUUAAAAGAUUGCCCCUUCAAGAAUUAGGUUUCAGUUCAAUAACUAGUAAUGAACAACAACCCCUUGUGAUGUCAUCAAUUAGAAUCGGUUGGAAUGUUGUCGUCCAUUCUCCUCCAAAGGGUUAAACAUUCCCAAGACUCUUGGACUACCUGCUGAAGCAAUCAGCUUUGUACAUAAAGGCAGGGCGGAGAAACUACAGUACAGUAUAUGUCCUGCCUGCUACUAAAAUAUUUAUUGCUUCUUUCCAAGAAACAACUAAAGUUGUUAGUGCAAUGGUACUGGUAGUAAUUACUAUUGAGGAAUGCAGGUGAAUUGUAUUAAGAAGAUUGUGUCAUAAUGGAGUUUCAGGGCCUGAAGGUUUAAGCUUGUUGAAAACAUGACAAUUUAUGGAACUUAAGUGUCAGUGUCGUAUGACAUUCCAUCAUACAUUUCUUUACCAGUUUCUCAGUGAAUGCCACUAAAUAGAUAUACUGUCACUUGAUGUAGAGACAAAACAACAACAAUUGUAUUACUUUUUCUAAUGUAAAUUCAACAUAAGAAUGUCAAUUGCUCUUCACAUGUUUAUUAUUCCUGUUAAUUAUUGAUAUUAUGAUAUUUUCUUCUUUCGACUGAUGGUGUUACACCCAAUAAAAUGAAUCUCAUGCCCUUUUCA